AUCGACUCAGCUGUUCUGCGCAUGCCCUCUCCACAUCAGACCAAGCUAAUCGAUCUGAAGUGUCUGAGCCCAGGCAUAGGGAAUGAACCCCGAUCACCGCACUGAGCAAACAUGGCGGAUGACAAGGAUCCUCUGAAACAGUUAAAAGAUCUAACGCAGCUCAGAAAUCAGCUGGAGGAAAUCCAGAGGCGAGUGGAGAACGAAGUCUCUGUGGGAAUUCCUCAGGGAGGCUCUGUGUUGGGAUCUCCAUUCCUAAAGGGUUUUCUGGCCGGCUAUGUGGUGGCCAAGCUUCGCUCCUCCGCAAUCCUGGGGGUUCUGCUGGGGACAAUUACCGGCAUGUAUGCAGCACAAAGUUAUCAAGUGCCUAACAUUGAAAGGACCGUAAAAGAGUGCUUGAACAGCUUGAAAAAGGGACCAAAGUAAUUAGGACUGACUGCUUGUCCUGCCAGCAAACAAGAACAGGAACAAAAGGAAGAAGUACUGUUCCAGCUGCUGGCCUGUGAGCGGCUUGUGACAAAUCCGCCCUCAAGACUUCUGUGUUAUCUUGACUAUGGAUAAAUGAUAUAACUGGAAUUAUUAGAGACUAAAGUUAGGAUGUACUUUUUAUUUAAUUUUUGUUUCAGGUCCAUUUUAAUACUCUCUAUUUCAUUUCAACUCAUAUCUGUUUUCUGUUAGCACAAAGUGUAUGAUUAUCAAAAAGUUUCACUUUUUUUCAAAAAAAGUUUGGUCUAUCAGAUUUCAUAACUAGAGUUUAGCUGCCUGGUGCAGCAAUGUUGAUUGUUAGUCUGUUUUCUACGCCUUCAUUGUUCAGCCCAAACAAACCCAGAGUUAAUCAGAGAAAGAGAAUCAAAGUAAUCUAUAAAUAGUAUUUAUAAGGUUGAGAUUUAUAGCUAGCUGAUAAUGAGGGCUUUGUGCAUUACAGCUACUAUUUAGAAUUGUUAGAAGUAAGCUAUUUAUUACAUCAUUGAUAAUGAUUGUGAUUCCAAAUGUGGGGUCCACCUCCCCUGUAAGGAUCAGGAGGCUGUUGGUGAAAAGGAUUCAGUGGGGUGUCCUCUUUGGGCUGAUGGUCCUCAUCUACGGCUCUCACGCUCCCCUCAUCACUCUCACCAAAGCAGAUGGCAGCAUCCCCUUUAACCCCUCUUCCUGUGUUCUUUUGAUUGAGUUAGCCAAACUCCUAAUUUCUCUAGUAACUCUUGUUCUAACUGGGGGUACAUCUGCCUUACAAGCUCCACGUCUUGUCCUCGUGGCCCCCUAUGCAGUCCCUGCUGUUCUUUACGCGCUUAACAACAACCUGGUAGUUCUCAUGCAGGCCUACAUGGACCCAAGCUCUUAUCAAGUCCUGUCUAACCUGAAAAUUGCCUCAACCGCCCUGCUGUACUCCCUCUGCCUAGGCAAGAGGCUGCGGCCCACUCAGUGGUUUGCUCUGGGGCUCCUCAUGGCUGCUGGUGCGUGUCACACCUACAGCAGCCUGGACCUGGGAGACCCUGUUAGAGCUGAAGCUGAGGAAGGACCCAAGCUCCACAUCACUGCUUGGGGGCUUUUCCUUGUGAUGGUGUACUGCUUUGUUUCAGGCCUGGCAGCAGUUUACACAGAGAGGAUGCUGAAGAGUCAGAAGCUGCCCCUUAGCCUGCAGAAUCUCUACCUCUACAUGUUCGGCGUGGCCAUCAAUGGGCUUUCCUCUUUCUCCCUCAUAACAAGCAACAAGAACUUCCUGGAGGGAUACUCAGGGGUGGUUUGGGUCAUCAUAGCUGGACAGGCAGCUAACGGACUUCUCAUGUCCGUGGUGCUAAAGCACGGCAGCGGGAUCACCAGACUGUUUGUCAUUUCCUGCUCCAUGUUGGUCAACACUCUGUUGUCGUGGGCCAUGUUAGGACUGCAGCUCACAACUUUUUUCCUUCUCCCAGUUUCUAUGAUUGCACUGGCAGCUUAUCUUUAUUACAGGUAGUUCUCACCAAAUGAACCACAAAACUCGCUGGUCAAAAGAUGAAUCAAACAUUCAACCUAUAGCAUCUACUUUAUUGGUUUUGAAUUCAGAUUUUUUUUUUGCCUUUAUUCUGCCUUCAUCUCAGAUUCUAAACCUGUGUCGGAUUUGUAACCAUGUUAUGUGUGAAGUCAUUUAGCUGCUUAUGUCAGCUGUAGAGUUUAAUUUAGCAUUCUGUUGCACUGUUGCAAGGACAUUUGAAUACUAAAGCAGGUCAGGUUCAUUGUAUCUUCAGUUAAACAUAUCUGAAGAGUGCUGCUAUUGUCAUCUUGUUGGUUGAGUUUGUCAUUACAUACUAAGCCAAAAACAAGUCAAAGAUAAUAUCAAAGUGUUAUAAAUUGUGUAAAUGUGAACCAAUAAAUUGUAACAAAAACUU